CACGACACUCUUGUGAACAUGUAAUUGGGGUUGAAAGGAAACUCAGCGGGCGCAAAAUGACUUUGGACAUAUAUUGGGUUGGACUCUUGCUUCUCCUCCCGAGCGUGGGCAUCCUCCUGGGGAAGGAUGUCCUCCUCCGCCUAUUCCGCCAUGUCACACGGCGAGACAGCAGCAACGAGGGCCAUGAAAAACUCCGAGGGUGCGCAGAGAAGGACGACGAGGCGAGAAGAUUCCGCCGUACUUUCCUCCAGGUAUACCUGGUGGUGAUGAGCGCGGAAUGGCUCCAGGGGCCUUACCUAUACACCCUCCUACGCGAUGAGAAGAGCCUCGACGAGCGGACCGUUGCAUCGCUGUACGUGACAGGCUACGUCGCCGCCGCCGCCUCCGCCCUUGUCGCCGGCUUCAUGGCGGACAGGUACGGCCGUCGGUCGGCGGGCCUGGUGUUCUGCGUUGUGCACGCCGUCGCCUCCAUCAGCGUUGUUUCUGACAGGAUCGAGAUACUCUACGCCGGCCGGGCCCUGGCCGGGAUCGCGCUCACCCUCUUGUGGACCGUCUUUGAGAGCUGGAUGGUGACCGAGUUCAACGCCCGGGGGCUGGGCGAGGGCUCCGUGUCUCUUAGCAGCAUGUUUGGAAUCAUGACUACGUCGAACUGUGCUGCCGCUAUUGUCGGCGGCGUGCUGGGGUACUGUAUUGUGCUGGUUUCGGGGAGGAGGACUAGUCCUUUCCUGGUGGGAGUGAUCCCUGAUGUAGCUGCCGUGGCUCUAUUACUCCGUACAUGGAAUGAGAACUUCGGCGAGGCCGAGGCCGAUGAUAAGUUGGGCGACGUCACUAAGGAUUCCAAGAGGGGUACCCUGGGAGACAUCAAGGUGUGGAUCCUAAGCUACGUCACUUGUUGCUUCGAAGGGACGAACUUCCUCGUCUUGUUCUACUGGCCAGGCCUCCUGAAGCAGGCUCACCGGCGGGACCACCCCGACGAGGCCGCCGAGCUACCGUACGGAGUCAUUUUCGCGGCGUUCAUGGCAGCGAUGAUAGUGGGCGCAUGGUCGUUCAACAGAAUUGUCCGGGGGAGGCCUCUUGGGUCAACGGACACCCCAAGGGGAGGAGUAGUCGCCGCACUCAGGGCUCUCCUAUCUCCAAACGUGUUGCUGGCGGUGGUCAUGCUCAUUGCUGGGGCCAGUCUGUUCGUGGCUGUACGCGUGACACAUGAGAUAUGUGUCUAUCUCGCGUUCCUCGUCUUCGAGGUCUGCAAUGGCGUCUACCUGCCAAGCAUCGCGUAUCAGCGUGGGCUGAUCGUCAAGGAGACGAACCGGGCAGGGCUGUAUGGGGUGAUCAAGUUGCCGCUGUACAUCGUCGUGAUAGUGGCCCUGUGUACGACGGGCGAAGGUGGGCAUCACCGGCCGACAGUCUUCAUUUCCUGCUUUGUGGUUCUGGUGACCGCUGCAUUGGGUAGCGUCUUGGGACUCAGACCAAGGCAGCAAGAAGGACAGCCCAUGGGAGAUAAGUUCGAAGAGUGUAUCAAUGAUAAGCUGAGGCCCGCCGAGGAUUGUGAAAAGUGAUGACAAAAUAGACUUCAUUCUGUGUUUACACGAAAAAGGGGGGUGGAGGACUUGGACAUUCAUGACUCACCCAGACUCGGGGGAAAGAACGGGAUUGGAAUUUGAUAUACCAAUGCUUUUAUAUAAACCAUACACCUAUUACUUGCC